AUGUGUGCGAGCGAACUUAAGCCUGUCACCUUAAUGGCGGUCAAUCAAAUGAGGUGCACUUUUCAUAACUUGAUUAAAGAUGUGAGAACAGCGGUUCAAGCUGCCUGGUACUGCCCAUUUCGAUACUGGCAAAUCAAGACGAUGCCGGAAGUUGUCCGCGCACACGCUGCUGUUUGCUUCUCAUUGGGUUGCUUUGGAGCUAUUGGAGGUAUUGGCGGUUUUGGAUGUAGCCCACCGUGUUCGCCAUUUGGAAUGUGUCUCUCAACUCCUCCAAUGUGUCUCGGGCGAGCCUGUGCAGUUCGAGCGAAAGGAGCGAAAAUUUACAGAGAUGAAAGUGCAACGAACCAAUUGUUAAACACUCAGGAUCCGAACGAGCACUUUCUCACUUGCUGCGGUUUACUCGAUGUUCCUCUUCAAUGUUUACCGCUGUGCACUUUUGAUGGCUACAAUGUUUCAUCGGUACAAUCGGUUGUCGGGUUAACUUCGUCUUGCCCAAUCACUGCUCUCCCUCACGUGCAUUUCUGCGCUGCUCGUGGUGCGAACCAUUCUCGGUGUUGUACGGCGGCAGGAGUGCAGCAGCAUUGCUUGAUGUUCUGCGAUCAGAGCCCUGGCACCACCAAUCAAAUAUCGAUGUAUCAUAUGCAGUGCCUUGCGGAAUUCGAAUAUAUGAAGGAUUGUUUCGUCGAACAUGCACUCACUGAGUACUAUCAAACAAAACAAGCAGUAAUUGAGAGCUAUCAAAGGUCACACCUUGACUAA